GGAAAUCGGUAAAAUGAGACCUGGCAAACCUACUCCAAUUGCUACAUUUUCCCAACUUUGACAUUAAGUCGUGCAGUUGUGGAAGUUGUGAACGUAUGUGUAGUUCUUAAAAACAAUAUUUAUUUUUAUGUGGUGAUCAGAAAUAAACCAGAAAAAAACAAUGGCGCUAGCGACGGCCAAAGCGACGAUGGAGUCCCAGAACCUCAUCCAAACCGAGUCGAGGGUCCAGCACAGCUAUCAGGAGGUGGUCACCGAGCAGCGCCAGAUAAAGAAGAAGUCUAAAUCCACUAGACGGCAUAAAGAUGAAGGAUCAAUUUCUGUGUCUAAAAGCUCUGAAAAGAUUUACAAGAAAAUCAAGGCCGCCUCGGACGCGGAAUCGAACCCGAAGUGCGAGAAGUGCGCCCGUCCCGUCUACGCCAUGGAGAGGAUCAAGGCUGAGCGGAGAGUCUGGCACAAGGACUGCUUCCGAUGCGUUCAGUGCAACAAACAACUCACAGUGGAGACUUACCAGAGCGACCACACGACCUUAUACUGCAAGCCUCACUUCAAGCAUCUGUUCGAACCCAAACCUGUCGAAGAUGACGACGAGAUUGAUGCAGCACCGAAGAAACACCAAAUGAUAAUUUGCGAGAGCAACCCGGUCGAACUGCCGCCAGAUGUCGUUAGAGCGUCCGACAAACCGGACCUAGGGCUGGAGGAGCUGGCUUCCCUGGACGUGAAGUCCAGGUUCGAAGUGUUCGAGCGCGCCGCCAAGGGCAGCGACGAGCCUCCGCCCCUCGAGCACCGGGCCCCGCGCGAGAAGAGCACCGCCCUGCUCUCCAAGCUAGCCAAAUUCAAGGCGAAGGGCAUGGACAUCGGUGUGUCGGACGAGUACCUCAAUGGGGUUCCCGUAGAACCCAGCUCCAGCGAACAUGAAGAUGAAGAAGACGAAGACUCGAUCCUCAAGAAUUCGUACAAGCACAGCUCUAAGGGCGAGCAGCCGGUGUCCUUCUGCAACAUGAGCGAGAUAGUCGGCAGGUUCGAGAGCGGCCAGCACUCCGCCUCCGAGAGACACCGCGAGAGGAAACAGGAGAUCCAGAACAUCAGGAGCAGACUGUUCAUGGGCAAACAGGCCAAGAUCAAGGAGAUGUACGAACAAUCGGUCAUGCAAAGCGAACAGAGCGUUACGUCAGCCGACAAAAUAGCCCGCAACUUGGAACUGGAUAAAGAGAAAGCUCGGGCCAUAAAGCAGCGCUUCGAGAACGGCGAGCUUUUCAACGACGAAAACCAACCGCCCAGGAACAGGGAGAUCGACGACAAAGCUCUCUUCAAUGAAGGUAUCGGUAAGAAGUCUCGUUCUAUAUUCCUGGAGCUGGACGCGAACGCCAAGAGCACGGGCCCCGCGUCGCCGCCGCCACACCAGCCGCCGCGCCGCAAGGAGAUCCCCUUUGUGCCAAAGGACGUGGUCCGCGCGGCCGAUAAGCUUGAGGACGUGAAGAUCGAGACCGCGGAUAUAUCGGACCGGUUCAAGUUCUUCGAGACCUACAAACCGGAGACCAAGCGCAAGGAGUUCCGCAUGACGCCGCCCAGACAAGUCCAGCGCAAGUCUCCGUCGCCGGAGCCGUACCGCGCGCCGGACGUGGUGCGCGCCGACCAGCCCGCGCCGCCGCCCCCCGCCGCCCGCACCUCCCACAUCAUCUCCGUGUUCCGCCAGCUCGAGCACUCGCAGCAGCAGCAACAGCCGACAGGUCCCAAGCCGCUGAAGUGCUUCACGCCCCCUCCUCCCGGGGAGGGGAGCCGUCACCUCGACACCUCGGAAGACGAGUACUCCUCGGAGUACGAAGACGACAGCGAGGACGAGCGCAGGAGACAGUACCUGGACGCCAGAGACAGAGACGAGGCUCUCAAACAGGCGCAGCAGUUGGCCAGAACUAAGAGCUUCCGCGAUCGCUUCGAGCACUGGUCCGAGUCGGAACCGCGACGGUCACCGUCCGCCGUCGUCAUCGAGCGCGAACAAAAUGACGACGAGGGAGAAUCUCAGCUAGAGACCGCUAAGAGUUUACGUCAGAAGUUCGAGAACAUGCAAGUUCACCAGACGCCGGUCACCAAGACCUUCGCUAACAAAGUCAAUCGAUUCGUGUAAAGGCGAAAUUAAGGAAGCCGUGAAACCAAAGGAAUAUUUUACUUACGAAAUUAGUUUUUUUUAAAUAUAUAAUUACAUGUUUGUCUUGCCAAGUUUAUAGUCGAUUUUUUUAUUUAAUUUUUCUUGUUAUUCUUAAUAGAACAUUAUCAAUCAAACAUUUAUAGAUUAUAAAUGAAUAAUUUGAACAUUGGUUAAAGUGUUAACCAUUGAAAUUCUGAUAAAUAUUGUUUGAUAGAUAUUACUGAGAAACAUGACAUUUUUUACUAAUUUGCAUAAACAUCGAAUAAUAAUUUAAGUGGAUUUAAAAAAUAUGUCUAAUUAGGUAUUAGUUAAAUGUUUAUUUAUAUAGUAGAAUUGAUAAGGAUGAACAUUUUUUAAGAGAAAUCAAAGUGCCUUCUGAGUGCAAUUUUGUUCUAAAUAGUAAUUUAUGUAUACACAUAUUUUUGUUGUUUGAUAAUAAGUAUCCUUAGAUUUAUUCAAAGUUUCUAAGUCCUAUAUACAUAAUAAUAUCGUCAUUGUCGCUCAUUCGAAUUUUAAGUGAAACAUUAUUCAUAUUUUCUUGAAUAUAUUCAAUAAGGUAUACCGCUCGCUAUAUCUUAUCUGACAUAUAUAAAAUUUUCGAAUAUUUACAAAUUGUUUUAUUUUUAAAUAUUUUAUUCAUAAAUUAAAGAUUGACAUAAUUAAGUAAUCUUGCCGAUACUUGCACUGUGCCAUUAUUUUGAUAUUUAUGUAAAAUAUAUUCAUAUACAAAUUAACAAUUUAGUAGUUUAUAAACGUUUUACGAAUCUGACUGAAAAUUGAUAUUUCUCACUGUAUUUUGUUUUGUACUUAACAGAUUUAUUAAAGGUUUUGUACCGUUAUCUAAUAAUUACGAAUGUGGUCAUUUUUAAGAAA